AGCCCUCUUUGGACCUAGGAAACACGCUGAUUUCUACGAAUAUGGCUCCGAAAUCAUCCUAUAACGACAUGUCGACUCCCGUCGUCGACGACAAGGAGUUCUACAAGCAAACGGUACAACGGCUGGCCAAAAUCCAGUCGCACCUGUCCGAGACCCCGCGCGGCACCAGGAUGAAGGGCAAGGUCUGCGUGGUCACAGGCGUCGCCUCGCUGAAGGGUAUCGGGCGCGCCUCCGCGCUACUUUUCGCGCACGAAGGUGCGAAGCAUCUGUACUGCUUGGAUUUCUCUCCCGAGAACCUGCCGAAUCUCAAGGCGACGAUCGAGAAGCGGUACCCGGACGUGAAGGUGACGACAAUUCAAGCUGAUGCCGCCGACGAAGCAGCGAUAUCAGGCGUCUGUGCCAGAGCGAUGCACGAAGAAGGGCGACUUGAUGUGUUCUUCGCCAACGCAGGAAUAGCGGGAGCUACGCCCCUACAUUCCACCACAUCCGAGGGUUUCAUGAACGCGAUGCGAGUGAAUGCGCUUUCAUGCUUCCUGGCUGUCAAGCACGCGUCUCUGGCGAUGCAGAAAACCAACCCUGCACGAGGUAAAGAUCUUGGCGGAGGGAGCAUCAUCCUUACUGCUUCGAUUGCCGGAAUCAGAUCAGGCGCCGGCCCGGUCGACUACAGUGCCAGUAAAGCCGCCGUCAACUCAAUCGCUCAAACCUCGAUCUACCAACUUCGCAAAACAAACGUCCGCGUCAAUUCGAUAUGCCCCGGCCUAAUCGAGACCGGCAUGACGGAUGCGACGUUCGAGUACGCUCGCCAGCGUGGUACCGCAGGCAAGAUUGGCCAGCUCAACCCGAUGGGCCGGUACGCGGUCGCAGAGGAGGUUGCGCAAGUCGCCCUAUUUCUCGCAUCCGAUGACUCCAGUUAUGUCAACGGACAAAAUUGGGCAGUUGAUGGAGGCUUGUCUGCAUCGCACCCCGUUGCUCCCGGACGAUGGGCGUAGUCGUUUUCAAUGACGUGGACAUCGUCAGCCGUCAUUCCCAACGGAGGUGCUACGGAGAGGGAUCGUUGCAUUGCUUGAAGUGUAUUAUACCGUCGUGUUGUGCAUGCGUUCUAAACUAU